AUGAAUAGUGAGCUUGGCCCGAGACCAGCUUCACAGGCAGGAACGGCACCCGAAGCGCACAAUGAUACGGCUGAUUUGGGUCUUCCACGAGCCGACAUUGACAAUGGUAACGACCAAACCGGUCCUAUAACAUCACAGGAGCCUGGUACUAAAGGCCAAGGUGCACAAUCAUCUCCCAAUGAAAGCUGUGUUCCUGGGCGCCUAGGGCAGGAAGCAGAGGGUGAUACGGAACCCCGGAAUCACUCGGAUCAGGGGGGUGUGGACGGAAAUGUGCACCUGGCCGACCUAAAUGAUGGAAUCCUCCUCUCUAAAAUCAAAGACCUCCUACUGUCCAGAUUAUAUCGUGUCAGCCCAGAUCGUGCUGGGUUAGUGGCCAAUGUUAAUACGUUUGGCGACGAUAGCGACGAUAGCGACGAAAUUCCAGAACCAUUUUGGUGGCGCGACAAUGACAUUGGCCAUGCUUGGCCUUCAAGUCGGAAUGUCGCAGGGGUAGUGCAAUAUAUAAUCGAACAGGAUGGCAGCACGCCCAAACCCAAAGUUCGCAGGUCAUCACGUUGGUGGUCGAGACAGAUUCAAAACACACCGUACGAUGUAAUUGAAAGCGUAUGGCGUGACUGGUGUUGCACGGCCAGACACGAGCUACAGCAGGAAGUGCCUGGCACGGUUGAUAACUGGUACUCAGAUUUGGGACAUAGGUCGAGGCAUAGGUUCAAAGGCAAGAUUAUUUACUGUGCGUCGGAUACGUCCCGAAAGGGAGUCCAAGACUUCCCCAUAUCCCUUCUUGCUUGCGCGUUAAGCUUUGAGGAGCCCUUCCGAUUUUCAAGCCUUGAAAAAGAUGACUUGGAUGUGGGAAAAUCCACAUCAUUUCUUUCGACAAGCUUUCAAGGUGGAUACAGCGUGCGAACCAACCAUGAUUUACACAAUGCUAUCCAUUGGCAAAUCCGCUAUUUCAGCCCCAUUCACCAGAUCCGAAACAAUGCAAUAAGAAGUCUGUUUAGUAAGCGGCAAACAGUGACGUUGCAACACGGGUCAGGGGAAACUAUUUUACAGGAAAAGCGAGUUGUGGUAAGCUUUCGAGUCCUGAGGGAAGCCCCGGAACUCUUCAGCAUACUCGUCUUGAAGGAUGAGGACAUAUCUCCAGAUACGCAUAAUCCUGAUCAACAAUUUGAUUCUGAACGGUUCUGGAAAGGCUAUGGGGCCACUGACCCGGACUACAUAUUUCCCUUCACGUAUUUUCUGCUCGAAAUAUGCAGAGUGUUCAAGACGUGUAUGGAUGCUUGGGAGGACACCCUAAGGACCAUAGAUAAGCUUGUCCUUGUCAAGUUAGAAGACUUGGAUAAUCUGGAAAGGGUGGAGGAGCUUAUGUUUGAUAAUUCUUUUAACCGUUCCAGGGACUACUUUGUUGCCCUCCAGAUUCUGAGAAUCAUCGACGGGUGGUUAGAUGAGGUUCAGUCAACUGUCGAAGACAUGUCCAAAGAUCAUGUUUUAUUAAAGGCAGCUCUGGGGGGGAAUGACGCGAUAUCAGGUGAAUCUUUCGAGGUCGCCGUUCGUUAUGUGAGCGAACAUGCUACCGCAACUAAGAGUCGGGUUCGAAAGAAAAAUGAGGAGAUCAACAGUCUUCGGGAUGGCCUGUUCAACGCCACAUCUCUUCGAGAGUCUACUAAGGCCAUGGCGUUAAACCAGGCAAUUUACGUCUUCACCGUUGUUACGGUACUAUUCACCCCAGUGAGCUUCUUAGCGACGUUUUGGGCCUUGCCGUUUUUGAACAACCCAGCAGAGGGCAGUGGUACUAUACCAGAGCCUUCAGCCUUUCGCAACAGCUUUAUCAUCAUGCCUAUCCUCACCUACGCCCUGGUCAUUGGUGUCGCCUGGUUCGUGGGAAAACGAAACAGUGUCCGUGCACUAUUGGAUCUCCUGGGAGAAUAUUGGGAAAAAUCGCGGUCGCUCAUGAGAUCUGCAUGGAGCUCGCGUCCAGAACUGCCUUGGUGA